AUUUAUCAAUCAGCCAGGACUCGAUCGACUGAGCACAGUUCAGUUCCCACUGAAACUUCAACAAACAAAAAGCCAUAGCCCCAUCCAUCCCCUUCCUCACCCACAACCGUCACCCGUCACAGUCACAUUCUCAUCCACCUCUCUCUCUCUAGAACGUCGCCACGCCAUGGGAGUGAGCAACAGAAUCACGUCGGUGCUGAACUUCAUAGCCUUCCUGUGCUCCAUCCCCAUCAUCGCCUCCGGGAUCUGGCUGGCCUCCAAGCCGGACAACGAGUGCGUCCACUGGCUCCGGUGGCCAAUCGUCUUCAUCGGCCUCGCCAUCCUCCUGGUGUCCCUGGCCGGCUUCGUCGGCGCCUACUGGAACAAGCAGUCCCUCCUCGCCCUCUACCUCUUCGCCAUGGCCCUCCUCAUCGUCGCCCUCCUCGUCGUCCUCGUCCUCGCCUUCGUCGUCACCCGCCCCAACGGCGCCUACCCCGCCCCCGGCCGCGCCUUCUCCGACUACCGACUCGGCGGAUUCUCGUCCUGGCUGAGGAACCACGUCACCAAUUCGGAGAAUUGGGGCAAGAUCAGAGCGUGCCUUGCGGAAUCCGAUUUCUGCCCUAAGCUCAAUCAGGAAUAUCACUCUGCCGACCAGUUCUAUGCGGCCCACAUAUCCCCUGUUCAGUCGGGAUGUUGCAAACCCCCAACUAUAUGCGGGUAUCAGUACGUGAGCCCGACAACGUGGGCAAACCCGGCUAACCCAAUUGCGGAUCCGGAUUGCACAAUCUGGAAUAACGACCCAUCCCAACUGUGCUACAACUGUGACUCUUGCAAAGCAGGUCUACUUGGGAACCUGAGGAAGGAAUGGAGGAAAGCCAACGUGGUAUUGAUCAUAGCCGUUGUGGUUCUUAUCUGGGUUUAUCUCAUUGCCUGCAGUGCCUUCAAGAAUGCCCAAACAGAGGACCUCUUCCGCCGCUACAAGCAGGGUUGGGUUUGAUCCUGUUCCCAAACUAGUUGUCCUGGUCUCUUUCUUCUAGAGUAAAUUGUAUUUAUCAUCCACAAAAUAAUAGCAUGCAAUGCACAUCUCAUAUUUUGAAAAUUACACUGCGUCUCUUUUGUUACAAGAAAUUCGUGUAAAUAUGUGAAACAUAAGAGUGAAUUUGGUACAAUUUUUGAAUGUUAGGAAUAGCUAGUGCAGUCACUAAAUCGCGUUCUCUUACUUGUGGCUCUAUGUAGGUGCAGUGCAAGUGUCUUUCUCGCUCUUUGUGUA